AUGCCGAUCUCACGGUCCCGCGCGUUGAUCGCGUUUCGCGGCGAGUGCUGCUCGCGCACGCCCGGGGCGCUCGCCGCGACGUUCGCGGACAGGACCAAGACAUUGUUGAUUUGCCUCGGCGCAUUGGCCUCCGGGGCGAAUCGCUGCUCGACGGACACGAACUGCGCGAACGCGAGCUCGCUCGCGCGAAGCGCCGCCGCGGGGUGCGACGACCGGGGAACCUCGCGGCGCGAAUAUCGACCCGAAACAUCGCCUCCCGCGGCUCACGACCGCCGGGGAGGCCUGGGCGACGGACCUUCGGUGGGAGGGUUGAGGUGCAGCGGUCGGUCGUCGGUGACAUCGUCGUCGCGACACCCUUUGCGCUGGACGCGCGCGUCGCUCGUCGUUCUGGCGCUCCUGGCGUUGAUCGUCGCGCCGGGGACGAUCUUCGCGGUCGCCGCAGAGCCGGGCUCCGAUCUCGCGCCCGUCAGGGGCCUUCGAAGACUGGCGGAAACCCCGAGCGGCGGCGGUGUGGAGUACCUGCAACGCGCCAAGCUGACCGCGAACGACGGCGCUUUUGAUGACCAGUUCGGCAGGAUCGUGUCGAUCGACGGCGACACGAUGGUGAUCGGGGCGCAUACGGACGACGACAAAGGAUCCAACAGCGGGUCCGCGUACGUGUUCACGCGCGACACGGCCGGCGACCUCGCCUCCAACUGGACGCAGGUUGCCAAGCUGACCGCGGCCGACGGCGCUGCGGAUGACAGGUUCGGCGACCGCGUGUCGAUCGACGGCGACACGAUGGUAAUCGGGGCGUAUAAGGACGACGACAAAGGAUCCGGCAGCGGGUCCGCGUACGUGUUCACGCGCGACACGGCAGGCGACCUCGCCUCCAACUGGACGCAGGUUGCGAAGCUGACCGCGGGCGACGGCGCUGCGAAUGACUUAUUCGGCGGCAGCGUGUCGAUCGACGGCGACACGAUGGUGAUCGGGACGUAUAGGGACAACGACAAGGGAUUCGACAGCGGGUCCGCGUACGUGUUCACGCGCGACACGGCCGGCGACCUCGCCUCCAACUGGACGCAGGUUGCCAAGCUGACCGCGGCCGACGGCGCUGCGUAUGACUACUUCGGCUACAGCGUGUCGAUCGACGGCGACACGAUGGUGAUCGGGGCGUAUAGGGACGACGACAAGGGAUCCUGGAGCGGGUCCGCGUACGUGUUCACGCGCGACACGGCCGGCGACCUCGCCUCCAACUGGACGCAGGUUGCCAAGCUGACCGCGGCCGACGGCGCUGCGAAUGACUUAUUCGGCUACAGCGUGUCGAUCGACGGCGACACGAUGGUGAUCGGGGCGUAUCAGGACGACGACAAGGGAUCCUGGAGCGGGUCCGCGUACGUGUUCACGCGCGACACCGCCGGCGACCUCGCCUCCGGCUGGACGCAGGUUGCGAAGCUGACCGCGGGCGACGGCGCUGCGGAUGACAGGUUCGGCUACAGCGUGUCGAUCGACGGCGACACGAUGGUGAUCGGGACGUAUACGGACGACGACAAAGGAUCCGGCAGCGGGUCCGCGUACGUGUUCACGCGCGACACGGCAGGCGACCUCGCCUCCAACUGGACGCAGGUUGCCAAGCUGACCGCGGCCGACGGCGCUGCGAAUGACUACUUCGGCUACAGCGUGUCGAUUGACGGCGACACGAUGGUAAUCGGGGCGUAUAAGGACGACGACAAGGGAUCCUACAGCGGGUCCGCGUACGUGUUCACGUUACCAUCUCCUUGUGACGCAUCAUCACCCCCAGCCAACGGCGCAGUCGGAAACUGCACCAGCUCUUUAUCGAGCGGCUCGUCGUGCACCCCCAGCUGCGACUCCAGCUACGCCCUGUCCGGCACCAGGUCUUGCAGCAACGGCACACUCACGGACACCGCAGCGUGCACGGCUAAGCCUUCCUCGCCGACAAAGUCUCCGAGCGAGAAGUUCAAGGAGGCGGAGGAGAAAGCCUUGAAGACCCGCGACGCCAUGCUCGACGGCGUCACCGACGCGAGGCUGAAGAAAAAAGCCAAGGUGCUCGCCGACGCGGCAAUCAGCGGGAAGAAGGUGAGGAAAAUGGUCGCCAAACUGUCAGCCGCGAACAAGGACAAGGCGUGCUCGGACUACUACACCAAGGCCGGACUCUCAAGCUCACUCGGCGCGUGCAUCGCGACGGCGGCAUCCAGGCGUCGAGCUCUCACCGCGACGACGUACGACGUCUCGAUUUUUUUCAGCGAGGCUGAGAUCGACGAAGCGGCGAUGACCGCCGCCGAGAACUCUCUCAAGGCUGAGGGUGUCACCGGGGUCGCGACGACGAACGGCAUCGACCCCAUCGAUGAACUCAAGACGAUCGACGGCGUGAGUUCGAGUGCCCUGGAGACCUUCAAGACGGACGCGGCCGCGGCGGCUAGCCUCGCGCCCCCCUCGCCGCCUCCACCCCCCGUCUCUUCGCCGCCGCCGCCGCCGCCGCCGUCCCCUCCCCCAAAGCUCGUCGUCGACGACGACGACGCGGCACACGCGCCGCGUGACAUUCUCGGCGCACUACUGCUCGCGUGCGUGUCACUUCUCUUGUAUUAA